AUGGCCACUCCACCCGAAGAAGGCAUUACUCCCCUCAACCCCAGUUUUGAUAACAGCCAACAAAAGAAAAAACGGGGGCCAAACUGGCGGACUCGCGAAGAAGAGCAGCUAGCAAUCUCCUGGAUCAAUGUCAGCGAACAGCCCGAGUUUGCUGCGAACCAGACGGGCGAGACGUUCUACAAGAAACUGGAGAAGGACUUCAAUACUUACAGCAAGGAAUACUACCGCGACCAUGCUCAAAUCAAAACAAGAUGGACUGCCCUCAACACAGCUACCCUCAAGUUUUCGGCAAUUUACAAUGCCAUCGAACGUAAUCCACCCAGCGGCUCCUCUCCUGACGACUGGCUUGAAGCUGCCAAGACCGCUUAUCAAGAUCAGACCAAGGGUACCGCUUUCAGCUCCCUGUCUGCCUGGCAAAAGCUCCGAUAUGCACCAAAAUGGCGAGCCGAUCAGCGACCCGAUGCACGUGUCUCUACACCAUCUUCGGCAGCAGCACCUUCCUCCGAUGCAAACGAUCCAGAUGAGACUGACUCGACUGCAACCGGUAUCUGCACUCCAAGUGCUCGCUCGGCCAGCUCAAUUUCUCGUCCUAUGGGACAGAAAGCAGCAAAAAAACGCCGCAUCGAUCAAUACAAAGAGGAUGAAGUUCUCUCAGAGACAAGCAACUUCAUCGCAGCCUCAAAGGAUCGGCUUGCCUCACUCAAUGAGGGUAACGAAAUCAUGAAGGCAAGCAAUGCGAUCUCUUCCGAGCGAGUUAAGAUCGAAGAGAAGAAAUUAGAACUUGAAGAAAAAAAACAAGUGGUUGAAGAAGAGCAUCGACAAAGCGAGACCCAAAUCAAUGACCUCAAAAUCCUUGCCGAAUCCGAAGACAUUGAAGACCAAGCUACACUGGAAGUGCUCCUCUUGAUCAAAGAACGAAUCAAGAAUAAAUGGAGAGGUCGUGCCUAA